UGAUUGCGACCAUUGAAGGGAAACCAUCUGAACAAUUGACAACAGCCAUAAAUUGAUAUAAAACUGGCGGUGGGGCCAACUAUAAAGGAAAUCAUGGGAAUAAUUUGCCAAAUUCUGUUUCACAAUAAUACGGAAGGUGUUUUUUACGCGGGCCAAACGGUUGCUGGUCAAGUGACCCUGAGCACGGAUAAGUUGAUUCAAAUCAGAGCAAUUCGACUUAAGCUAAAAGGCUUCGCAGAGACCCAUUGGACUGAAAGCAAGACUGACUCAAACAACAAGUCCACUUCGGAAUCGUACAAUGGAUUUGAGAAAUACCUUUCCAGUAAAUUCUAUCUCUUGGGUUCCGAAAUAAGCACUGAAAUGCCGUUGGAGCCGGGAACCAGGUCCUACAAUUUUGCUUGUCAAAUACCCACCAACUGUCCCUCGUCGUUCGAGGGUACCCAUGGGCGUAUACGUUAUAUGGUGGACGUCAGUAUCAUUCAGCCCUGGAAGUACGACAGCGUUUUUUCAAGAGCUUUCACAGUAAUUCAAGUCAUGGACAUAAAUACCUAUAACUCUGUUUCCCAGGUUCCCGUGCAGGCCAAGAGCGAGAAAACCUUCGGCUUCUGGCCCUUCCGCUCGGAUCCUCUAACGCUGGAACUGAAUUUGCCGCAGACUGGCUUUGUGCCGGGGCAAACGGUACCCGUAAAUGUUUUGGUUGGUAACGAAAGCAAGCUUCGGGUGUAUGAAGUGAAGGUCGCUCUAUCGAUGAUGAUCACUUACCACAGUGAUUUGGGUUCAGGUUCCAAGUGUGAGCGCAAGUCCGUGACCAAGCUGAAGGCAGAUGGGGUUUUGAGGAACUCUCGGAAAAUAUACGACUUCCAACUGCUGAUACCCUCUACUCCGCCUUCAUGCUUCCAUCUGUGCCGCAUUAUUAAGAUCGGAUACCAGAUCGAGGUUGUGGCCAAGGUCAAGGGCAUGCAUAUCAACGGAACUCUGAUAAUGCCGGUGACUAUUUGUGGUGUUCCCAUAUCGCCACCACAGAGCUCCGGGCCAGUGCUUCCAGAACAAAGAGCUUUGACUUUGAUUGAGGGAGAGGGAGCUGCUGCUCCAGCGGCUCCCCCAUAUCCCUGGUUGGAGGGAUCCACGUUGCCGCCACCGAGCUACGCCGAGGCCAUGCAUACUCACAGUGGCUCUGAGAAGCAGUCGGAACCGGGAAAUCUGGAGGAGAAGGCUUACAAGCCGUUGUAUCCUGUCUUCGAUUUGUCCACUCCAACUGUGGAAAAGAGCGGGGAAGCGGCUUUGGACAAGGAGGGGACAAAAUGAUGGCGAUCGAGGAAACUGUUCCGUGUUUGAGCACUAUUGGACAUCCCUUCCCAUGCCUGCUAGUCAAGAAGUCCUUGAGCUUUUCCAGAGAUAUGAGCGCUGUGCUGCGCGACUGCGUUUGGCAACUGUAUAAUUCAAAAUUGUGACAGCGAUAAGAUAAAGUUUUCCUGGCCAUCGCUACCAAUAUAGAACCAC